AUGGAGUUACUCAUUGCCAGCCAGGUCGUAAAAAUCUCGGACAAGGCCAAAAAAAAAAUCGCGCUGAAACUUGUCAAGGGCGUAGGCGAAAACCAAUUAAAAAUUUAUAUUUUGCUGACUCAAGUCGAACGCGUCCGAAUGAAGUUCACAAAUAAGAAGGAAAAUUAUUUAGAAGUUACUCAAACUCAGUUAAUUCAAUUUCAAAGCUUUCUUGUGUCGUCACAAAGGCUUAUUUAA